UAGUAGAGCUGAGCGCGCGCACACUCACGCAAGCGCACAAUCUCCGAUGGUCGCGCAACAGUCGCGCGGCAGGGAAUGCGCACAGCUCGAGCAACAGCAAAUGCAGCUGAAACACAACAGUAGACGGUCAAUUCUGAGUCUCUUCUGUUCGUUUAAUGUGUCCUAGAAAGAUUGAAUCAAUCAAGUCUUUUAUUUAAUGCCGGGCAGAUGUUUUAUUCCGGAUCAAAGCUCUCAGCGGAUCGGCUCGAAUCACAGUAAUUAAGAAGAACCCAUAAUGAGAUUCUGACUACAGAAGGUGGGAGUUCUGUCUGAGAUCUGAUCUGGACCUGAUAAACUGGACCUUAGGACCACCCUGUUAUCUGAUCAUCUCAACCAACACUUCUGUCUGUUUAUAUCACAUCUGCUCUUUCCGGAUCAUAGAUUAUUCUUGAAGGAGGAGUAUUGUGGACACCAUGAUUACUUCCAUAACAGGAAUAUUAGAGACUAAUCUCAUUUAUUUAAGCAAACUCGAUUACAGUGAUGAAUCUAUCUAUAGCGAGUGAAACAGCCCCUUGUUCGUUUUUUCUACGGGAUUUGUGUUGACCUCUUCAGCAUGCGGUGACAUUCAGAGUGUGUUUCAUUCCUUCUGCUGUUUCUGUGGAUCUCAAAUGAACUGAAAAGUAUUUGAUCGAGUUAAUAAAAAUAAUAAAUAAGAGACCAUUAUUAGUGCUCCUGGAAUAUUUGCUUAAAAUCCGUUCUGUUUUCUGCUGGAUGAAUCGAUGGCUCGUCCUGGCUCUGGUGUUUUGGUGUCGAUGGGAGGGGGACUGGGAUACUCUCCCAGCAUGGCCAGAGUGGUGGUCUGGGAAUGGUUAAAUGAACAUGGCCGCUGGAGGCCUUACACCGCCGCAGUCUGUCAUCAUAUCGAGAACGUGCUGAAGGGAGAUGCGCGUGGAACCGUCAUACUGGGGCAGGUGGAGGCUCAGCUCGCGCCUUAUGUCAUAGACCUGCAGUCCAUGCAUCAGUUCAGACAGGACACAGGCACAAUGCGUCCCGUGCAGCGAAAUUUCUACGACCCGUCCUCGGCUCCGGGGAAGGGCAUCGUGUGGGAGUGGGAAAACGAUUGUGGAUCUUGGACGGCUUACGACAUGGAGUUGUGCGUCAGCAUUCAGAACGCCUAUGAGAAGCAGCACCCCUGGCUGGACCUUAGCUCCCUCGGCUUCGGUUACCUGGUGGACUUUGACGGGAUGUCCCAGACGAACCGACAGAGCCAGAGAAAACGCCGCAUCCGGCGUCGGAUGGACCUCGCCUACCCGCUCAUCGCCGGAUCCAUCCCGAAAUCCCAGUCCUGGCCGGUGGGCACCAACUCGGGCACCCCGUGCACAUGCCAGCAGUGCCUCCUGGUUCACAGCACGCGGGCGGCGUCCAACGCCAUCCUGGCCCUGCAGCAGAAGAGGAAGUUGUACGGAACGGAGGGCGGGGCCAAUCAGACAGCUGCUGUCGUGAGGCAGAGCAAGACCUUUGCCGGUACCUCCCUUUGGUCUCCCACGGCGACCGUUGCUGGAGGACAUCAUAACAACAUUUCGACAGGAGGUGGAGGAGGUGGGAAGGUGGGGAUGAGUGGGGCAAAUUUCCCAUGCACCCCUGCGCUGGUGACCUUACCAGCCAAUCACAUGCUUACUAUUAAUGGACAGAAUAAUCUAAACCGGCCAGGCACGCAGCGAAUCGCAGUGACAGCCCCUCGAGGAGCAAUCCCACCUGGGGUUCCUGCACUUCCUGUAAAGAAUCUCACGGGAUCAGGACCUGUCCACCCUGCAUUAGCAGGAAUGACAGGCAUUCUGAUGUGUGCCGCUGGACUCCCUGUGUGUUUGACCCGAGCCCCUAAACCCAUUCUGCACCCACCCCCUGUCAACAAGAGUGAUCUGAAACCAGUACCAGGAAUCAACAGCAUUAGGCGCAAGACCAAGAAGAAACACAUUCGUAAAGGUAAAAACCCAGAAGAUGUGGUCCGGCGCUACACAGAGAAAACUAAAAUGCUCCCAGAUGAGGACUGCACCAUCUGUAUGGAGAGACUCACCACAGCAUCUGGAUACGAGGGGGUUCUGAGCUUUAAAGGCAUCAAACCCGAAAUGGUUGGCAAACUGGGCAAGUGUGGCCACAUGUAUCAUCUUCUGUGUCUGGUGGCCAUGUACAACAAUGGAAAUAAGGAUGGAAGUCUUCAGUGUCCGACCUGUAAGGCCAUUUACGGAGAGAAGACGGGCACACAGCCGCCUGGGAAAAUGGAAUAUCAUGUUAUUCCUCACUCUCUACCCGGUUACUCUGAAACAAAGACUAUUCGAAUAGUGUAUGACAUUCCUGCUGGGAUCCAGACCUCAGAACAUCCGAACCCUGGGAAGAAAUUCAGUGCACGAGGCUUUCCACGACAUUGCUACCUGCCAGACAAUGAGCAGGGCAGACGGGUGUUAAAGUUGCUCAUCAUGGCGUGGGACCGGCACUUGAUCUUCACCAUCGGGACGUCUAGCACCACAGGAGAAACGGAUACGGUCGUGUGGAACGAAAUUCAUCAUAAAACCGAGUUCGGCUCGAACCUCACGGGCCACGGAUACCCGGACCCCAACUACCUGGACAAUGUUAUGAGAGAACUGGCCGCACAGGGCGUAGGUGAGGACAACCUGAAAGACUGAGGGCCGAUUCGAGCCAAUGUGGGUCUGCGUACACAACUCACACAUUCAUAAUGAGGAGUUUCUGACCUCUCAGCAGUAGCUAAGAGAACGAUCAUCCUUACUGAUCUAGAGUCAGUGUGAGAGAACAGAAGAGAUGAAUGAAACUGUAGCAAGGAUCUCUUUCUGAUUCACCCAGUCAGCUUAUUUUCCUUUUACUCUAUGAAAGCUACCCAGAAUGCCGCUGGUCUGAGACAGCUGUGUGUUUGAAGGGAGCCAGUGAGGCUCAGAUUCAUGUUUGGUCAAUAUUAUGUCCGUAUACAUAAUGCAAUUUUAGUGAUAAUGCACACAAAAUAUUGAAAUGCAAUGAAAAUAAAUGUAAUAAGGAAUAUUUUCUUUGGGCUGAAGUAAAACUGAGGCAUGGUGGUGAGCAACAAACACUGAUAACCUCAACAUCACCAAAUACACAUUGAUUUACGUAUCAGCAUACCUGAUAUAUUGGUUUAUGACUGAUUCUGAUAGAUUCAAGUAUCUUGGACAGAUCUGAUGAAGUGACAUCAUUUUGUCAUCAUCAAGUUUUACAGAUGUUUAAUGUUUGGAUCAGAUAUGAACUAUCAAAUAAAAGAGAAUGUAGGAAUUCUUGUAGAUGGGAUCAGUAAGCAAUUUUUUUUUGGGGGGGGGUGGCUGUUUUGGAUGCUUUUGCAACUGCUGCAUAAAAUAUCUGCACAUCAGAACAUUCAGAUCUUUUGAACUUCAGACCAAUUAGUGAGGAAACGCUGCGCAAGCUGAGAUCUGAACCUUCUCCAGUCUCAGCUCUCUCAAAACACUUUGAAGUAUUUAUGAUGAAGACGAAUGAGAUCCUCUUGAAAUAUGCAAUGAUUCAUACGUUCUGUCAUUAUUUCUCUUGUUUUGUCAUUGAUUUGAAGGCGUUGACUGCGGUGCAGAUCUCUUGCUGUGUUCACAAUAGAAUUCUAGCAUACUAGCUGAAUACUACACACUAUAUACUACUGUAUCACCUAUUGUUAUUUACAGUUAGACUGGAAUAAGGAAUAAUUGAUGACGGGCCUUUGAAUUAUAAGAAAAUAAUGUACACCAAAGGUGGUAAUGCUGCACAACAUUCGUUUUUUUUAAGACUUUUUAAAGACAUUUGACAAGUUAGGUGUUAAUAAUUAACACCCAUGGAACAUUUCUCAACCAAUCAGAAUAAAGCAUUCAACAGCUCCGUGGUAUUAGCAACGAUAAACGCUUCUUACAAUGAAGACAUUGUUAUGUGACCUCACUAUGUUGCAUCAUUCGUUUUUGUUUUUUUAUUUUAAUUAAGGUUUGUAAUUUAGUUGAUUACAUUUUUGGGUGAUACUACUUCCAUACUAUACACUGCAAAAAAAUGACUUUCUUACUUAGUAUUUUUGUCUUGUUUUCAGUACAAAUAUCUAAAAAUCCUUAAAUUAAGAUCGUUUUUUUGAUGAGCAAAUGACCUAAGAAAAUAAGUCUAGUUUUUAAACAGAAAUAUACAAUUUGUGUGAAUUUGUGCUUAAAACAAGCAAAAAUAUCUGCCAAUGGGGUGAAAAAAAAUCUUGAAAAAAUGUCUCACUUUUUAUGUGCAAAAUUACCUGAGAAAAUAAGUCUAGUUUUUGGGCAAAAAAACAUAAAACGGGGUAAGCAGUUUUCUCCUUGAAUUUUUCUUGAUUUUAGUGUUUAAGAAAAAAUUUCAAGAUUUUUUUGCUUACCCCAUUGGCAGAUUUUUUUGCUUGUUUUAUGAACAAAAUCACUUACAUUUGACAUUUGAUCGAUUGUUUUUUCUUGAAAAUAAUUUUUUGCAGUGAAAUAAAAAAGAUGGGACCAGUAAUCAGAUUUUUUUGGGGGGGUACACUGCAAAAAAUUAUUUUCAAGAAAAAAAAUUCUUAGUAUUUUUGUUUUGUUUUCAGUAAAAAUAUAAUUUUUUGAUAUUUCUACUGAAAACAAGACAAAAAUACUUAGAAAAUAAGUCUAGUUUUUGACAAA